AUGUCCGGACGUCAAGGAGGUAAAGCUAAACCAUUAAAAGCACCAAAAAAGAAACAACAAGAUUUCGAUGAAGAUGAUGCUGCUUUUAAAGCUAAACAAAAAGCUGAUGCUGCUGCUAAAAAAGCCAUGGCUGAAAAAGCUAAAAAAGGUGGUCCAUUAGUUGGAGGUGGUAUUAAAAAGAGUGGUAAAAAAUAG